AUGCACAUAUGCCAGAGCAACCAUCGGCCCCCCGGGCAGCCCAUCGUGUUGAACGGGUCUACCAUCCCCAACAAAUCAUCCGUCAAACUACUGGGGAUCACAGUGGAUCGUCACCUGACCUUCGCAGAACACUGCAAAAGGACGAAAGAAGCAUGCAAGGUAAGAGGUAACAUGAUCAAGUUGAUCUCCAGAAAGAGAACCCGAAACGACCGAGCUCUGCGCCUCCGUGUGGCAGAUGCGGUCAUUACAAGCCGCCUGCUGUACGGACUGGAGCUUACGUCGUUGAACCUACCAGAAAUCACCCGCUCCCUAGCCCCCGUGUACAACCGGGCGGUUCGGCUGGUCUCGGGACACCUCCCGUCAACACCUGCGGACAUCGCCUGUGCCGAGGCUGGCGUAUUACCCUUUCGCUACAAGGUCACCGCAAUCCUCAGUUCCAAAACUGUUGGGUACCUGGAAAAAACCAAAGCCACCCGUGACCCCCGCCACCUCCUCGACAGGGCCAACGCCGACUUCCGCAAUAAAACCCAACAACAGCUACCUAAAAUCGCCGGUCUCUACCGUCUCGGCCCCAGAAGCUGGGCUUCCAGUCCCCCGAAACUUGAUAUGACGCUGAAGGCUCAGUUACGAAGAGCACCCAACAGGCAGCAGGCACAAUGCCUCUUCAGCCAGCGAAUUGAAGACCGCUACCAGUCAUCCCAGGUACGGUACACCGACGGCUCCAAAGCCAUGGGCAAAGUAGGCAUAGGCAUCGAAUCAAGCGACUACCCGUCCACAUCUCAUCGACUACUGGACAUGUGCUCAGUAUUUUCGGCGGAAGCUGCGGCUGUCUUCCAGGCAGCGUCCCUGCCGAGUAGCGGUCCGAUACUCAUCGUCACCGACUCGGCAAGCGUGCUCGCGGCCCUGGCAUCUGCAACCAAUCGUCACCCCUUCAUCCAGGCAACCCAACAGAUACUGCACGACGGCAUCACCCUGAUGUGGGUCCCCGGCCACUCCGGCAUCCGGGGGAACGAGAGCGCUGACACCCUAGCGCACAUCGGCAGAACGAGCCCCUUCCUCCGUCGUAGCGUCCCAGCUGACGACGUCAAGACAUGGAUCAAACACCAAAUCAACUCGGCAUGGGCAAACGACUGGAGGAGGCAGUGGAACGUCUGCCGCAUGGUUAAAAAUUCAACGCUUCCUGGUGAAGACCUCCCCAACCGGCGAGAGCAAGUAGUGUUGUCCCGCCUACGCACGGGACACACAAACCUUACCCAUAACUUGGGAGCGACGGAAUAUCAUCGCCGAUGCACAACAUGCCGCUGCAGGCUAACCAUCAGCCACAUCCUCAACUCUUGCCCUAUAUACGAGGAGGCAAGAAGAGCGAACAACAUCGACAACGCGUACACAGCCCUAAAGAACGACACUGUCAGCGAAAGACUGCUGAUCAACUUUUUGAAAGACUGCAACAUCUUUGACGCAAUUUAA